AAUCGCAGUCGCACUAUCGAGUCACCGAGCUCACGAGUUCUACUAGUAGUUGUAGACAACUGUUUUUAGAACAAAAAUUAAUUCGACAUUUGUUGGUAAUAAAUAUACUGUGUCCUAAAGUUAUAGACUAGAAGAAUUCCAAGAUAAAGCUGUUAUAAACGAGAUAGUUGUAGUGGAAUAAGGAGCGAGAAUACGUAUAAAUAGGAAAAAAUACAACAAGUUAUUGCAGUGAUCCCUCUGAACCGCAAUUCUCCAAGAAUGGAUUUAAGUGAAUUAACCAAUGUAGAGCCAUUGGUAUCAACAAUACUUGACAAAAACCAUUUGUCUAAGGAUAUACCUGUGUUGCUACAUGAGCCUUCUUAUUCGAGAAAUCUAAGUAGUACAGGCUAUAUCGAAUUUGAUCCAAGACAAACAAAUUUUGAGUACAGUGACUGCAGAGAAUCACUCCAUUCAAUUGAUGAGCCCUCAACUAGUAAACUAAUUUCUUGGACUAAUGCUUCAUCAAAUAAUGAUGAUUCAGUUUGUUAUAGAGCAAGCACAGACUUAAAGACAAAUAUUUCCAUUUACAAGAACUUUGAAGAAGGUAGCUUCAAGAAUACUGAAGAAAAUAAUAAUCAACCCAUUUCUAAAUCAACUGUUAUUGAUAUCAAUUACAAGCCCGAAAGUGAACAAUUUGAAAUGCAUAAUGCCAAUGCAAAGAAGGAAGAAAGUGAUAUGGUUGAUACACAGUUUUCAUUUGCAACCCAAGAUACUUUUGAGAAUCUCUUUGCCUCGAAUAUUAAAGCUACUGUUGAAAGUCUACCAGUAUUUGAAGAAUACGAUAAAACAAAGAAUUCAUCAUUAAACAUACCUGAUGAUGUAAAAGAAGUUAGAAGUAAUGUUGAAAAGUGCAAUGAAACAAGUAAUUUAUCAAUUGGUACAUCUAAUAAUAAUCUUCUCUGUUCCAGAGAAGUUAGCGACAAUAUAAAAAAAGAAAGUGAUGAUGAUUCAAUUAUGCAAAAAAUAUUGGAUUUAGCCAAUGUCCAUGUAAAUGUAACAUUUAAAGCAAUGUUAACUGAACUUUACAGGAAAAAAUAUAGUGAACAUAUACCAUCAACUGUGUUACAAGAAAUUAAUUUUUUGGUUUCUGUAAACAAUGAAUCAAAAAUCAAGGAUGUCACUUCUUCUAAUAAAGAGGUUGUUAACAUAGGACCAACAUUUUUAACUUCUGAGGACAUUGGCAGUAAGGUUUUGGUCAAAAUUUAUGACUGUAAGAGUAUCACAGAAAUUUGGGGAAAAAUAAUGAAUGCCACUAAUCUUCAAAAACUAGAUGAGCUUUUAAAGGAAAUGAAGAAAUUUUAUGAUUCUGAAAAAAUGGUGGCAUCUAGCAUCAAAGAAGGUGGUUUCUAUGCAGUAUAUAAAGAUGAUUUUUGGCAUCGUGUAAAAUGCUUAAAGUGUGAUAAAUCUACUGCUUUGGUUUUAUUCAUUGAUCAGGGUGAUGAGUAUACUUUCUCAUUGGAAAACAUUUUUGAACUUCACAAUAAGUUUGUUUUAAUGCCUGCACAAGCUAUCAAAAUGAGCUUAUCUGAUUUAGAAGAUAUAUCAGAUUGUUAUGAAGCAUUUAUAAUUUUAAAAGAUAAAUUACUCGAAAAAACUGUGUGUGCUACUAUGCUACAGUACAAAGAUAAUUGUUGUAAUGUAAAGUUAUAUCUCAAGAUUUAUGAAGAAAAUAUAAAUAUUGCCGACUUGGUGAUUGAACAAUUGUUUAAGACGUUUUUAAAUCCAAAAAGUAGUAUUCAAACAGAGGAAUUGAUGCCUGUACAUGUUUCUUCCAUAAAUGAAAGAAGCAUUUUUGUCCAGUUAAUAGAAUCUAAAAGUUUCACAUAUUUCAUGAAGUUAUUAAAAAACGUUGUAACAAAGUAUCUUGGUGAUGAGAACGUAAAACAUGAACCACAAUUAAACAAGAACAAAAUGUAUCUAGUUAAAAGUCCUAAAACAGAAAAAUGGUAUCGUGCAAAAAUUUUGAAUUACAAAAGUGAAAACCAAGUUGAACUUUCACUAAUUGAUACUGGGAAAAAAAUUAGUAUCAAACAGGGAAAUUUGUUUCCUCUUGAAAAAUUCAGUAGUAUAUUAACUAAAUACCCAGAACAGGCUAUAGAAGUUCAAGUUCAUGAGCUUUCUAGUUUCUAUGAAGAUGAACAUGAAACAUUAAAACAUUUUCGAAAAUUAAUGAAGAAUAUAAAUACAUUUUUGGCAUCAUUUGUAAUGAGGACAUUAAGUGAUAAUAUUCCUACUAUACGACUUCUAAAAAAGGAAUCAGAUGGUUCUUUAACUGCAAUUAAUGAUGAGUUAUUGUUCAAUCAAAUAUUUCAAAUUGGAAGCACAAUUGCAGUUCCACUGAAAAAAUCAGAAUCAUCAGAUAAUAUCAUCACGCUUCAGCAAAAAAUAUCAAAUAUGCAAGUGUUGCUGCGAUCCGCAUUAUCAUUAAUGUCUCUAAGUACAGUUUUGGAUCCUCCACAGAUUCCAAAUGAUUUUCUUGAUGUGCAUGUAAUCUCUACUAAUAAUCCAUCAAACUUCGCGAUACAGCUUCUGCCAAACAAAUGUGAACUUAAGAAACUGGAAUGCGAACUUUCUGAUGCUUGUAAUUCCUAUAAAGGUCCAUUACUUACUGUUGACUCUGUAAAAAUAGGUCAAUUGUAUGCUGCUAAAUAUAAUGAGUAUGAUAACAAAUGGUAUCGAGUUUAUGUUUGUCAACUUAUGACUGACACCAAAUCAGCAAAUGUUUAUUACUGUGAUUACGGCUAUUACAAAGAAGUCAAAAUAGAAAAUAUAGUACCUUUAGUAACUCAAUUUCGUCAGUUGCCUUAUCAAGCAGUUUGGGCUGAAUUAUAUGGUAUCAAACCAAUAUUUGAAAGGUGGACAAUAGAUGAUGCUUCCAGAUUUAAGGAUUUAGCACACCUAAAAAAACUUAUUGGCAUAAACAGAGGCAAAAAAUCGUUUAAACCCACAAGUUACGGAGCCUUAACACCAAUAACUGUUGAAACAGUUUACAGCUUGGAACUAGUUGAUACUAGCACAGCAGACGACAUUUAUAUUGCUGAUAUAUUAGUAAAUGAAAAACGAGCAUUAAAAAGUAGUUAAUUAAAAAGUAUCAAGACUGAA